AUGGGACGCACCCGCAAAGGUGAACCUCCUAGGACCCCCAGGGGCCCCCAACUGAGCCAGUCGCAAGGUCCGAUGGACGAAUACCUGCAUAACACUGCAGAUACACGUGGCGAGGCCUCGGGAUCCAAGAUGGCGCCCACCUCCGCCGUACCUGGAGCUCCCUCUGCCUCAACCCUGGAAGGCAUCGGAGAGGAACUCCGCACCAUUGCGGCCUCCAUGGCCACAAAAGCCGAUCUCCUGGUGCUUACCACCACCAUUCAGGAUGCACUAAGGGCCGAAAUUGCAGGCAUCCGGACGGAGGUAACCGCACAGGGACACCGUAUACAAGCUGUGGAACAUUCACAUGAGACCUACACAGCCAGGCUGGCAUCCACUGACACAGCACUAGCCAGACAGGGUGACCUAAUACUACAACUCCGCAGAACAGUCGAGGACCUCGACAAUCGCGGACGCCGCUGCAACAUAAGGGUGCGCGGCGUCCCAGAGACAGAAGGGGACGAAGAUAUCGAAAGCUCUCUAA